AUGGCAUCACUGCCACCCCUGCUCUGCCUCUGUGUCGCCGCCGCGCACCUGGCGGGGGCCCGAGGCACUACCCUUAUUGAGGAGCCCAUAGAGACCAUGUGGGGCCUCGAAGGUCCAUCGCUGCACCCUGGCCAGCCCUCGCCAGCCUUGGAGGACUGGGAAGAGGCCAGCGAGUGGACGUCCUGGUUCAACGUGGAUCAUCCGGGCGGCGAGGGCGACUUCGAGAGCCUGGCUGCCAUCCGCUUCUAUUACGGGCCGCGCGGCCGCCGCUGCUCCAACUACCACGUGCGCUUCCGCUGCCCUCGCGAGGCCGCGUGGGGAGCGUGGGGCCCGUGGGGUCCCUGUUCAGGGAGCUGCGGGCCAGGUCGUCGUCUGCGCCGCCGCCGCUGCCCGAGCCCCACUGGGGAUGCAUGUCCCGGGCGCCCCCUGGAGGCACAGAAGUGUGUGCGGCCUCGGUGUCCAGGGUGCAGCUCCAAAACGUGUGGAUGCCCCAAUCACAUCCUCCUGGGCUCAGUGGUCACUCCAUCUGGCCGGCCGCUACCAGGGGCCAAGGUCUCCCUGAGAGACUGGCCUGGCACUGUGGCCACCAGCGAUGCCCAUGGAACCUUCUGGAUGCCUGGAGUCUGUGCCAGCAGCCAGACCAACGUCAGUGCCCAAAUGGAUGGCUUCUCUGCUGGUACCGCCCAGGCCCGGGCCAACAGCUCCAUAUCUGCUGUGGUCACUAUUGUUCUUGAUAAGUUAGAGAAGCCCCACCUGGUGAAGCACCCCGAGCCCCGAGUGCGAGAGGCAGGCCAGAAUGUGACCUUCUGCUGCAAAGCCUCAGGCACCAAGAAAUACUCCUGGUUUCACAACGGGACCCUGCUGGACAGGCGAGAGCACAGGUAUGGGGCCCACCUGGAGCUUCGGGGACUGCGUCCAGACCAGGCAGGCACCUACCACUGCAAAGCGUGGAAUGACGCGGGCUCUGUGCUCUCUGGUGCUGCUGAGCUCAUCGUGCUUGCUCCGGGACAGCCAGCCUGUGACCCCCAGCCUCGUGAGCACCUGAUCAAACUCCCUGACGACUGCAGUCAGCCGGGCAGUGGCCCCGCCUAUCUGGAUGUGGGCCUCUGCCCUGACACCCUGUGCCCCGGCCCAGCAGGCUUUGGCCCCAGGUGUGGGGAUGCAGGCUCCCGGUGCUGCUCCGUGCGCCGCCUGGAAAGCAGGCAGGUCCACUGCUCCAGUUACGUCCUUCCUGUCAAGGUGGUGGCCGAGUGUGGCUGCCAGAAAUGUCUGCCCCCUCGCGGGCUGGUCCGGGGCCGUGUCGUGGCCGCUGACACAGGGGAACCGCUGCGAUUUGCCCAGAUCCUGCUGGGUCUCGAGCCCAUCGGCUUUACCUCCUACCAGGGCGACUUCACCAUCGAGGUGCCCCGCUCUACCCAGCGCCUGGUGGUGACUUUCGUGGAACCCAGUGGCGAUUUCAUGGACGCUGUCAGGGUCCUGCCUUUCGACCCUCGAGGCGCUGGUGUGUACCACGAGGUGAAGGCCAUGCGGAAGAAAUCCACCGUCAUCUUAGAUGCCAGCCAGAGCAACACGCUCCCCCUGGGGGAGCUGGAAAACGCGCCUCCUGUGGGCGAGCUGGUCCUCCCACCUGGAGCCUUCCGCAGGGCUGACGGAGAGCCCUACUCGGGGCCCGUGGAGGCUCGGGUGACCUUCGUGGAUCCCCGAGAUCUCACCUCGGCGGCUGCCGCCCCCAGUGACCUGCGCUUUGUGGACAGUGAUGGCGAGCUGGCCCCACUGCGCACCUACGGCAUGUUCGCGGUGGACCUCCGGUACCUGGACAAGCUCGGGUACCUCCGCACCGACCACGACGACCCUGCCCUGAAACGCAACGGCUUCCGCAUCAACCUCGCCAAACCCAGGCCUGGCGACCCCACCGAAUCCAAAGGCCCGGUGUACCCGUGGCGCAGCCUGCGGGAGUGCCAGGAGGCCCCGGUGACGGCCAGCCACUUCCGCUUUGCGCGCAUGGAGGCCGACAAGUACGAGUACAACGUGGUCCCAUUCCGGGAGGGCGCGCCAGCCUCCUGGACCGGAGACCUCCUGGCCUGGUGGCCCAACCCACAGGAGUUCCGGGCCUGCUUCCUCAAGGUGAAGGUCCAGGGCCCGCAGGAGUACAUGAUCCGCUCCCACAACGUGGGGGGCAGCCACCCACGCACCCAGGGCCAGCUCUAUGGGCUGCGGGAUGCCCGCAGCGUGAGAGACCCCCAGCGCCCUGGAACGUCUGCUGCCUGCGUGGAGUUCAAGUGCAGCGGGAUGCUGUUCGACCAGCGACAGGUGGACAGGACGCUGGUGACUAUCACACCCCAGGGUAGCUGUCGUCGUGUGGCCGUCAACGGGCUCCUUCAGGAUUACUUGGCCCGGCACCCCCCACCCGCUCCCACUGAUGACCCAGCCACCUUUGCCAUGCUGGCCCCGCUGGACCCUCUGGGUCACAACUACGGCGUCUACACGGUCACUGACCAGAGCCCAAGGCUGGCGAAGGAGAUCGCCAUUGGCCGUUGCUUCGAUGGCUCCUCUGACGGCUUCUCCAGGGAGAUGAAGGCUGAUGCAGGCACAGCUGUCACAUUCCAGUGCCGGGAACCAGUGGCGGGCCGGCCCAGCCUCUUCCAGAGGCUGCUGGAGUCCCCGGCAACAGCACUUGGUGACAUCCGCAGGGAGAUGAGUGAGGUGGCCCAGGCACAGGCCUGA